UUGAGUAGCAAUAUUUCAAGCAUUAUGGCAAUAAGCAUUAUUAUUUUUUGUAUUUUGCAAUAGUUUUUGAGCCCGUUGUUUUGAAGUUCAGCGCCUAUUGAUCUGUUGUGUUGUGCGAGACCGACGAUCGGAAUAACUUGCCUUCGUAAGUGCAAGUUGCAACCGAUCUGCAUAACACCGUGCAAUUUAGCGUACAAGUUCGUACGCAUUUGUCGCUGUCGACCUGCACAUCGAGGCUGUUUUCUUUUUUCAAACUUUGUGCUACGACGUUGGCUUCGUAUUCGUGUAAGUGUAUUUCAGGCCCAACUGGAUAGUGGACAGCCAACUAGAGUAGCAACCGUAGGUCGAUCGCAAUCGCCACUGCAUCAUCCGUCGAGCGAGGUGGCAUGGAGGGACGCAUUAUACGGGAUCGCGAAACAGGAAAGCGGAAGAUCUUUACCAAGCACCAAUGGAGAACCUUGUGUGCCGUGGAGUCCUGCUCGAAAAUUGCGCGCAAAGGAGGAUACUGUCACACUCAAGGGCACGGAGGCACCCCAGCCAAAUCAUCUGACACACCCUUUAAAGUAACUAUCAAGUCCGGCAGAGAAGUCCGCCAUAUGUUUGAUGGACAACGAUUCCGCAAAUUAUGCACGACGGAUUCGUGUUCGAGUGUAGCCAAAGUGGGCGCCAAGUGCAAGAAGCAUCACCGGAUCUCGCAUAACGAACCAGCGGAUGCUGGAACCGCUGCGGUUGACCCGGGAACACCAGCUAACGAGCCCACCGAUGCAGUGGCAGCCGCCAUCACCGGGAAUCCAUCGUCCGAGAAGAGCACACCAGCGGCCGUCAUCGCCAACACACCGGACACCACGAGCCUUUUAGCGGCAGCCACCGCGAGCGAUGCUACUGGUUCCGGCAAGCUGAAGCGUGCUAAAAUCAAAAUUUACCGACAGUGCUGGGUGCCGGGUUGUCUCAGCCAGAAAAGCCGGGCCAACGCCCAGCUGCCGCCCGAAGAGCAGGCUCAUUUUUUCAGCUUCCGUUUUACGUACGCCAGUAACGAUCUGGUGCCGAGUUGGUCCCGCGCGCUGCAGCAGUUCUCCAAACGCCCACCAACGCGAUCCCACUGCAUUUGUCAUCACCAUUUUCACCCGGCAUUCUUGAAACGCAGCAGCACGAGUGGCGGCAGGCGCGGUGAACCGUUAUCCAAAUGGAAGCUGUUCAAAGGAGCUGUUCCAUUUACUGAACCGGAUCCUGUUGAUCUCCCUGCGAGUCCCACACGGAGUGCCACACCAGCGGAUACUAACAUGCACCCGUCCGCGUUUGAAUCUAUCCUCGCCAACCUCAAUUCGGUCACCUUACCCGAUGGCUGGAGCUGCAUAAUCUCCCCAAGCAACAACCGGCGGAUUGUUUUCAUGGACUCCAACGCCCCCGGCACACCGGCGUUCAAAGUAGCCCACCUGGGUGAGGAAGGGAUCAGUGACCUUUUCAUCCGCGGGAAGUCCAUGCCGCCGCAUGUCGUCUCGGGGAUCCUUCCGCGCCUCCCGCCCGACUACUCCGUACCGGAUGUGGAGGAGUUCAUUAGGUGUUUGCACUCACUUCCGGUUUGCCAGAAUACAAUUUCGGCGGAAUCGGUGGCGAGUUGUCAGGGGUUGAUACGGUCACGCCAGUCGUUCUGUGCACCGUGCGCCCAGUUGCGCAGAUGCUCAGCCCGAAACGAAAAACGUUGGAGCAAGCGGAAGUUGACAGCUUCCCGAACAAAUGAGGCUGCCGACGAACCGUCGCCUGCAUGAAAGCGAAGAGAAUUUGAAAAUGUUUCAGGAGAUCCAAAAGGUUAACCUGCACGUACUCGACCUUGAUAAUGAUGGUUCCUUUAAAUGUGCUCCAAAAAGCGAGACUAUUGAUUUUGUAUGACAGUAUUAGUACGGUUUUAUAUUUGUUGGUCCAUAAUAAAACUUUUGGUACACCUGAAUGCAUUUAAACUGUUGCAAUUUAUUUUGUCCAUAACUCCCUAACCGGAUGUUGCGAGUCCAAACGGUUUUCACGUCCAUGUACACCAAUCAGUUGGCUAGACAGUUUCAUGAGACAAUGCAAAAAAGUGUUUGGGACUCCGCGAAAGUGAACGUUCUUGUACAUGUACACGAAUUUGGCACCAUGUAU